UAUCUUCGUUGUUUUGAUUCCGAAACUUGUAAUUUUUGUUCUUGUCCUCUAAAAUGCAUGUUUUUUGUGUUUGUCCUUAACUAUUUGAUACAAACAAAUGUUGUAAAUGAUAUAAGAAAGUUAGUUUUAUAAAUCUGUGUACAAAAUGGAAGUAGAUAACAUUUCUCAAGAAGAAAAUCCUGAUGGCUUUUCAUUCGAUGAAAUUAUAGCAUUUUCACCGGAAAUCGUUGAAAACCCCGAGAAUGUGAAACAAAUCACUGCUUUUCAAUGUUCCAAAUGUGAUUUUAUUGAUUGCAAACAUGAAAUUGUCCAACAACAUCAGAAAUUACAUGAUAAACCUCAAGAAGAUUACACAGAAGUUGUUGUCUAUGUUUGUAGUUUGUGUUAUGGUCAAUAUAACUCAGUUGAAGACCUUCGUGGUCAUAUGAUUGAAUUCCACAAAUGCAAACCAAUCAAAGCCGAUAGUAACAAAUCCAAAAGAGAACAACCAAAAGCUGAUCUUUCUGAAUCAAUUGAGAAUAAUCCAAAAGUGGUUGUUGGAAAAGAUGAAAAAGUAGAAAAAUCUCUUCCUUUGCUUCCAGUUCCAUUAAAAGAAUUCAAACUGAUUAUCAGAAGAAAUCUGGUUCUUAAAUGCACCUUUAAAGGCUGCUCCUAUAAGCUAGAAAGCGAUGAAAAGCUUCAAUUACAUCUCAAAUGCCACAAAGAGGGAACACCGACAGAAUUCAAAUGUUCCGAGUGUGGUAUUGAUGUUGAGAACUGGAGAAGAUGCUCCUUGCAUCUCCUUAAGGCACAUAGAACCUCUGUUGGGCUACUUCAGUGUCCCUUAUGUUCAUAUUCAUCUUCAACUUCGGCUCGCAUUUGGCGCCACAUGAUUACUCAUCGCAAUUGGAAGUCCAAAGUCUUGAAAUCCAUGAAGACGAAAAAGAAAGAAGAAAAGCCACCUCCGCCUCCCAGGACAAAGUAUUACGCCGAAAAGACUUGUGACAUUUGCAAUCGAAAGUUUGUGAGCAGCAAAACGCUUUCGAAGCAUGUCAAAAGCGUUCACAAUAAGAUCAAGCCAUUUAUUUGCAAUGUUUGUGGUUUAAAGACAACAAGGAAGUCAGUUCUUGCUAUCCACAUGCGUCAGCAUACAGGUGAGAAACCUUUAGCUUGUAAGGUUUGCAAGUUUCGAACUCGUGAUCCAAGUACUCUGAGGAGUCAUGAGAUGCGUCAUGGAAAGAAUCCAAAACAAAAAUGCAAGUCUUGUGAUAAGUCUUUUAUACAAGCUGCUGCCUUAAAACGUCACAUUCGUACAAAUCAUCCCGAGGAAUACAAGAAAAUCUCAUGUGAGCUGUGCAAUUAUGUGACAAUUAGUGCUGAGAAGUUGGCAGUUCACAUGGGGGACCAUAGCAAGGGACUAAUUGUUAAUAAUGAAGAUUCAUUAGAUGCAUCACGACAAGAUUCAUUUAAGAAUCCGGGAAAGUUUAACGUGCAUGGCAAGCAUAUUGGUAAUGCUGAGAUUUCUUCAGAUUGUUUUCUACCAUUAGAUAGUGUUGACUCAAUGCCACAUGUACCGGCUGUUGAUACGGGUGGGGUAACUAUUCCAGCGCCAUCUCAUUCGGAAGACACACAAUUUCCUACAUUUUUAAAUAGUUAAAUUUUAAGAUAGUUUUUUUUGAGUAUUUUUAUCGUGUAUGUUUUUUUUUUUAUCUUUUAAGAUUU